AAGUUCUCUGGUGGCGUGUCCUAAACUGACCACUGACCAUGGGCAGCACAAUCUCCGGAAUUCGGGAUCACGACACGCUGUGUAAACGCCUCAAGUUUCUGGCCAACAACUUCCCAGACAGGGAACUCUUCAUCUUCUACAACCACGGAAUUCGUGACGUGUACACAUCCAAAGAACUCUUCCAAUUGGGAGGGAAAUUUGCCGCCCUGCUCCGUCAGAAAGGUUUCCAACGUCAUGACGUCAUCGCCAACGCGUUACCGAACUCCCCUGAGCGAGUUGUCACUGAAGUGGGCAUUAUAUUAGCGGGCUGUGUCGCAAUGAACGCGCCGCUUCUCCUUGCAGACGGCUCUGACUUUUUCGAAGUGGCCAAGAAAGCUCGCUGUCGGGCUGUUGUGGCAGAUAUAUACGACAAGGGCCCAGCUUCUACACUGUUCCUGCCCUACAACGGAGGAGCGACCAGCAGCUCCAAACGAUUCAUAGAUCUGAACAUUGACUCCGCCCCUGAACUGACGUCCGCCAUUAAUGUCUUCAGAGACGGAGAUACGAAAACCCUGCUGGAGGAACUGAGAAGCUGCGAAUUGGACACGGUGUUCGAACCCUGUGAGCCUGACGACUUGGUCAAAGUGUUUACCACCUCUGGCAGCACCGGCUUCAGCAAGUUGGUAUCCCAGACACAUGACGUGGCCAUCCACUCCUGGGAAGGUUAUGUAGACUUUCUGGAGACUCAAGCACCAGUGAACGAGCUGGGCAAUUAUGGCUACUACAACGACACAGCGUUGGGUUGGCUUGUCGGUUUUCCUUUCGGAACAUUCGUUUUAGGUUCGAAGAGAGUGCUUUCGGAUAUGUGGUCUGGUGACGCCCAGGCGAGGUCUGGAGCUGCCAUGUGGGAGAUCAUCAGAACAGAGAAAUGCGCUCCUCCACCAUCAUGCCCGUUAACGUGUACAGCAUUCUGGAGCACGUGCGGAAGACGGGAGACGACUCAUUCCGCAUGAGCCUGAGCAUGGUCUGUGGGCAGCCGCUCAGAAAGAAAUGUUUCCAGGAGGCGUUCACGAUUUCGGAAAAAUUGUUGGUCGCGUAUGGAUCAACGGAGGUGGGAGGUGCCUCUGGU